UCGUAGGCACUGGCGGCACUUUCGACUACUGAAUAGUAUGACUCAGGCGUGAAUCUCAACGUAACAACCACAAUUCCGUCGCAUGUCUACCAAUUUCGUGUUUCAUGGACUGAGUCACACACUUUUUUCACCACAGUAGAACUUGCCGCGAUAACCCAAUCACUUGAACCCCUCAUAACAUGUCAUCCCGACCAUUUCGGGAUCGACGUCAUCCAUUGCUUUCUCUACUGGGACACGUACCGGGUCCCACUCCGGCACCACACACAAGGAGCAUACGUUGCCCCACCCCUUCAUCGAGGAUGAACGCAUCAACCUUUGCAGACUUUCGCCAUGUCACGUCCCUGAAAGUGAGGAAUAUGACCAGCGAACACCUAGGCACCCUACGGCACUCGUGGACCGCAAUCCGCGGCUUCUCGCCAGCAUCUCGGAACGUGACCUUGAGACAGCAGGUAUGAAAACUCCACAUUCAAGCCAUCACUUAGGCCCUAGAUAGCUCGGAAUGGUUCUUCCUGCUUUGGGUGUUUGUCAGCGUUUGCCGCAGCAAUUCCAGGCGCAAGAGAGGGAGUAAUGAACAAGCGGAAUCUGCCGGGAAUAAUAAGGCACAAGCCGCACGCAGCCGAUGUCCUCUACGUCGCCCCGAAGUUUU